GUGUCGGCAAUGUUGCCAACGAAUAUCGUGUAAUUCGAUCGGUCGGAUAGUAUAUGGUCGCGUAUUGGAAAUUUCAACCAGAUAUAACUUCGUUAUUAUUGUGUCGAAAGUAUAGCGACGAACGAAUUCUAAUUGUAAGAUAAGAAGGUUUUGUGGACAAAAAAAAAAACAUUUAACGACUUCUUUGUAAAGUGCGAAUAUAUGCAAACGAUAGUUGGGAUUGUAUAGCAGUAAUAAGCUAGUAUGUGAUAAUACCAAAUACAAGCGUGAGCAGCGGAAUUAAAAGACGAAUUCAUUGUUGUAGUGAAAUAAAAUACUUAAUUUUGUUGUUUGUGUUGAAGUUUUUGAAAAGCAAUAAAGUCAAAGUUAAGUGAAACUACAUGCUGUACUGAGCAAUUUGAGACGUGUAUUUGGAAAAGUGAACAGUGAACAAAAAAAAAUUUGGAAAUUAAACAAAUGCAAAGUAGUAAAUAAAUAAAUGAGCAAAGAGUGUGAGCUACAUAUUUGUGACUGGUGACGAAAUUGCGAGGUGUACAAACGGGAAAAGUGCGUUCCGCUUAUGGAAAAACUAAGUUUGUUUGUUGUUUGCAUUUUACUUUUGUAAUACAGAGAAUAAUAAAAUAUUAUUUCGUUUAUGCUUUUCCAAAUAAAUUGUUUCUGCAGGAAAAAAGGCAACGAAAGCGACAAAAUAAAAACAAAGAAAACGUUGCUAUAGCAAAAUUGUGGAAAACUCAUACUUCGAGCCGAGCGGAGCGUACGAACGUUUGUUUGUUUUGCUUUUGGAAUGACGCGCGAAAAGUGAACUGCGCGUGACGAGCGACAACCAAACCAAUUCGAUAACGGUGAGCGGUGCGGGAGAAACUUUAGACGUGUGUGUUUAUGAGUGGUGUGAACACAGGAAAAAAUAAGUAAAUAAAAAUAAACUAGAACGUAAACGUGCCAUACCGCAACAAUCUCGCGCUGUCAUUCACAAAAAGUGAGGAAUAUUUAAAUUCGUUCCAUAUUUCUUAAAUGGGAUGAUUAAAUGUUUUCUACCUAAUUAAGAGUGACAUUUAUGCAACAUAUGUCCGUUGAAAAAUAGAAAGAAUGCUGAUUUAAAAAAAUAAUAAUAAAAAAAUUGUAAGUCAAAAAGUGACCAAAUUCGAAAAAACAGUGCUCUUAAAAAUUGUUUGAAAAAAGUUAAAUAAAAAAUAAAAAUUUAAUUCAAAGCAGUUAAAUAUUUUGGUUAUAAUUAAAGGAAAUAUUCUGUAAUGAAUUUGUUGUUGCAAAAACAAAAAACCACAAAUAAAUAAUAAAAUUUAAGUUAAUAAAAUAUAUUGCGUUGCUGAAAUUGAAGGCGAAUAUUUAGCUCAAUGUAUAUACAUAUUUAACGAAAAUAGUUAAAAUUAUACGUAAAGAAAAAUACAGUGUCAUAAAAAAAUUUAGCAUACAUGUGCAAGCUUUGACGACAAUUUUGUAUUGAUAAUAUAUACCAAACGCGAUUGCAGAAACCUGGAAGAUUCCGCUCAUUGCUCGUCCAUUGCACUUAUUUUUCUGGCAUUAUAUCAGUGAAAUAAUGAAAUAUUUUGUUUGAAGUUUGGAGUUUAAGUUAAUAGAUAGUGAAAAUAUAUCUGUGCGUUAUAAGGUUUCCUGUGUGCAUAUAAAGAAAGUGUAACAUUAGCUAACGGUUUACUGGAACAUUCAGCAUCUGGCGCUCAGCACGCUGUUUGUUUCUCAACAAGCAACAACAAUAAAAUUGGUAUAUUAUCAUUCUUGGAUACCGCAACGUUAGACCGACAAACCUUUCGUUCUUGCAUCUUCAAUGGCCAUUUCUUGCCAUGUCCAGGGCUCGUGAGUUGGCCUUACUUGAAAAAUGGACUGAUGCUGCUGCCGCAACUGCCACCAAUACAUUCCCACCCCUCGCCUCACCCACCUCGCCGAAGGCAACGAAAUUCUGCUGUUGCCCGAAUCGGCGCCGCUAUAACUUGAAACAGCCAAAGGCGAAAUCCACCUUAGAUGCUCGGAAUAUUUUUUUGGAUAAUGAUUUUACGUACAUUGAUGAUGUCGAUAGGCAAGACGAUAGCAACAACCACAUCAGCAUCAAAGGUAACAACGACCGAAACUACAGUAGUAUGCGACGUAGUGAAGCGCGAAUCGAUAGCACCGACAACUUCGCAGACAGCGUAGCAUUAGUCAGCCUUAAAGGAUUAGACGGACAUCAGCGUGAAACUGACAAGUGGCUGCUAUUGCAAAAACAAAGCAGAGAGGAGUGUGCUGCCACAAUCGUCGGUAAUAAAUUUGCGGACGAUUACGAUGAUAUCUGUGAUGUUGUCAACAAUGCCGGAAAUUGUAGAUCGCGCAUAAUGAAUACAGCGCCACAAUUGCCAACAAUACAGCAAAAGCAGCAACAACCCAAAAGUGUAGAGUUAGCAACGCAAUGCCACAAAGCGGAACAUUUGCAAGAAAGGCGACAUGACAAAAGCUCUCAUAAUAAUAGCAACAGCAACACAAGCGCUAACGAUAAGAGCAACAGUUACAAUAACAACAUCUGCGAUUGUGAAAAUGACAAGAGCGAUGGUCAUAACAGUAACAACGCUCUGAUUGGGAACGAGUAUCAUCCGAAAGUGGCAGGCGGCACCAGCACAGCAACAGAAGUUGCAACAACAGGAAAAAUUGUUGGCGACAAUUGUGCGGGCGCAUGUAAAAGUGAUGAAAGUGUUGUUUGUGAACAACAACAACAACAAUACGAACAGCAACAGCUGGCUAGCGACUGGCUUGCCGACGACCAUAAGAGCGAUCAAAAAAUAAGCCAAAGACUUAGCGAUAGUGAACUUAAGCAUAGCAAUAGUAAUUGUAAGGGACAACAAAAACAACACUGUGCAAGUGUUGACAUUACAAGCGACAACGGUGACUUUAGUGAGCAACAAGCGCGCGUUAAUUGCCAACUUGACUCAUCUACAACGACGACCGCGCCCGAUUCGAACCGAUCGACUUCACAGCAAAAACAAAGCCAAAACAAUAGUAUCAACUAUAGCAACGAUAAAGCCAACAACAGCGAAAGCGACAGCAAAAUUGAUUUACAGAAUAAAAUGACAAUAACCACAACGAAUGCGGCGAGUCGCAAGCAUUCGCGCGUCGAGUGUGGGUUGAGAUCAAAAGCAACAACCCCAGUCACAAACGCAUCGACAGCUACAACGAAAAACGGCAUCACGACAGACAACGCUUCCACAACGACCACAUCGGAAAUUGUGCCCAGCGGUGCGAGAACAGCGACGAACAUGACUGGCAACACUGCAACAACCGACAUGCCAACAACAAGUCUAGCAGACGUUGCAGCGGUGCACUUUCGGAACACUGCCGCAUCACCAACGCCAUUGUCGCGCCCAUCAACGCCCUCUCUAACAACUGUGAUCAAAACAACGCUGGUGAAGCGAACGCCUUCGACGGAAUCGUCGAAAACUCCAUCGCCAGUCACCACACCAACAACUAUAACAAAGUCUAUUGUCACCGCGACAGUGUCGGCACGAGCUUACAAUAGUGUGGGCAAUGCUCGAACGGGAGGAGAAGUAGUUCCUGGCAGUCCGCAGGAAACGUCGUCGGCGGCGAGACCGCGCACAUCCGUAAAACAACGCAUUGCUGCCUUUGCCGCUGGGAAUGAGCAACAAACGCGUAAUCAUGACAACUCAAUUAAGCUACAGCAGCAACAAGCACAGAAUCACAAGCAAAUUCAGAGCAACGGCAACCAAAACAUGACAAGAACAAGUGAAGCAAAGCCGAAUACCACUCUCGGCGAGCAGCAUAACAAAGUGGCUGCUGUCAUCAGCAGCAAUACAAGUACUUAUGUGAUAGGCGAAACGGAAACCGCAACAGCGACAGCAAUAGCUACUUCGAGAGCAGCCGCAACGCCUCAAUCAACUUCAGUUUCGGCGGCUGAAACAGCAGUUUCUUCGACGCCUGUGACAAGAAGAGCCGGCUCAAGUCAGGUACGCAGCACCGGUUAUGCAACCAUGCCACGGCGUAGCAUCAACAGCAAUAACAACAGCUGUGCUGGCGGUGGCAAUAACGCGAAAUGCGGAAGUGACGGUGGCAUAGGCUGCGCGGUCAACCGCAUUGGCAACGCGGCCAUGUCAGCUGAUAACGCUACGAGUGACGCGACGGCAGACAACUGCCGCAAAUUGGCCGCCACUCUGGACAAUCUCGAUUUAGCUGUGGUGCGCGAUUUGACUGAUGACGACGGCGAGGACUCGUACACGGCCUUCCAGGAGUAUCUAGAGCGAGUAGAGCACGAAAUCAAUGAAGUAUUCGAGGAACGUCGCGCCCGACAACACGAACAGCAAAUGCAGCAGGGCGACCAACAUGCCGCAUACCAAAGUAAAACCGACCCUAAUUAUGAUGCUGUUAAUUAUAACUGUCACAGCAGCGAUAAUCGAUCAUCCCAGUGCGAUGUAGUUGACGCGCCAGCAAAAGCGAUUUCUAACAUUGCAGAAAUUACAAGUCAACAUGCGACAAGUGUUGAUAAUGACAACCAGCUUACAAUGCCAUCCACAACGGUUGUCGCACCUCGCCUUCGCACUACAACUGAACUCAAAGCCUUACCACCGCCACCUCUCGGCCUCACCAGCCAAACUUCGGUAAACAACCAGGACGAAAGUAACUCUAACUCAUGUGCUACUGGCAGAAAUGAUAAUGACUUCACCACAGCCAGCACACAGGAGGAUGUGAAUAUUUGGGCAAAUAAAUUUCUACGAGAUUUGGAUAAUUUAAUGUCAUCGACACGUCCACUUUCUCUAAGCGCCUGUUCAUCGCCAACUUCGAAGACCUCGCCUCAAUUGCUUUCCGCAGCGGCCACGGCUGCCAUUCAGAGUCGUUAUGGGCGCUGUGCAGCCGAACGUGCCGAGAACUGGGUAUCCAACGGAUUGGUGCUAUUGCGACCAGAAAAACAUACCACCAUUCCAUUGCAAUCGUUUAACCUUGAUUGUGCACGCCUCGAUAAUGGAAUAAACGCUGACAACAACAAUAGCAACAGCAAUGCUGGGAGUAUUUGCACUCCGGCUAAGCCGAGUGUUGCCUAUAUGCGAACUUUAUCGGCACCGACAGAAUACCACCAGCAACAACCAGCGAUCCAUAAUGGCGGCACCGGCAAUCGCAACAGUUUUGCAGCAUUUAAUGCCACAACCGAACAACACCAUCAGCAUUAUCAUAAUUUGACAAAUUUACAAUGCGGCAACGAUGCGACGGCGACAAGUGCGCCAACAGAAACAAGCCCGUCAAUAACCGCGACGAUAUUAAAAAUUGAAGAGACAACACCAGCAGUUGCGACUGCAUUGGCGACGACAAAUGGUCACCGUCGGCCAGCAAUGACAACAUUAAACGGCUGUGUCGCCGCCGCCGCCCAAGAAAACGAUGAGGAAUCACUUAAAAGUAGGCGACAGCGUCAAUUGGAAAACGAUAUGGAAACAAUACUCGGCAACAACAACACUAAAACUCAUUGGACGCACAGAGAAAGCUCUAGUCAGAGCAUGUUCCACCAUCCACUAGCACAGCAGCCGUGCAAUGGUGAUAAAGGCAGCAACAACAAUGGCUUUAACAGUAGCGGUAGCUUGGCGGCAAUGCUGGCAAUACCAAAACGGGAGCGCAUUAAUCAUGCGACAAUGACGACACCAACAUCAGCAAUACCUACGGCACAGCUAGGCACCACAGUGCUCUUACCGUCUACAUUAUUGACCUCAUCAGCAUCAAAAAGUAAUGGCGGUGGCACCACGUCCUCUUUGUUGUUAAACGGUGGCGAUGUGACCAAAAAAGGAUCCACCUCAACGAUCUGGACAUCUGAGGAGUCAAUAUUGCGAAGUGUUGGCGCCGUCGAUGAAGACAAUAACUCCACUUCAUCCUCAGCAUGCGAAGAGGCCUCCGGCGUGCUCAGCUCCGGUAAAUCGGGCAUCUCGCUCGACUCUUCUAGCCUAGAUAAUGACAAUAAUGAAAGUGGUAUUGGCACGGCAACGCCACCAAAAGAAGUGUGCUACUGGAAGUCCCAACACAACGAUAAUGAAUCGAUUAGUAGCUUGGAUGCGCUACGGAAAAUGAAAUUCCAGAAAAGUGGUUCCGUAGUCUCCUCCGAUGAUCCAGACCUUCUAGAAGUACUCAGCCUAUGCGAUGAACCUCAUGGUGGUGAUGAAGAUAUUACCAUAAAUGGCGGCAAUGAGUCACACGAUGACAUUGAUGAUCAGCAGCGUCAGCAGCAUAAACUACCGACAGCUACCACAGCAGCGGAUAAGUUAAAACACAAGGUUCAACAUUUGCAGCAGCUACAACAUCAAAAGCUGCACGGCACACACCAACGUCAUCAUCAACAUCAACGCACGCGACAAGAUUACAACGAUAACAUAGAAAGUAAUGAUAACCUAGAAACAGUCCAAACCAUAGAUGAAGGCCGUAUGGAGGUAUCCGAUGUAACGUAUGAAUAUGAUGAGGCCCACGAUGAUUUUGAAAUUAGUCCAUAUUGCGACUGCGAAUGUAACGAUGGCGAUGCGAGCAGCGCUAGCGGCAGUGGCGGUGGUGGCAGUCGCAAUGGAUCCACAUCAGCUAACGAAACCGCUGGCGGCAAUAGCGUGGUAUUACGUCGCAAACUCAGCGCUGGGAUCACACCAAUUAUGAUGCCUUAUAGCGGUAAAGGCGGUGGUGGCGGCCGAGCACAGAAAUGUCGCAGCCACUCAUUAGAUACCUCUUCGCUACCAGCGGUCUACUAUCAGUACUCACCACUGCAGCAUCAGCAUCCGCAACAGCAUCAUCCAUUGACGCGUAAGAUACAUCAACAUUUACAUGGACGUGGCAGAGAACGUGGUCAGUUGUCGCUGACUUUACGUCAGGAACCGUUCCAGUCUUUGCUAUCGCCGACGCUAUUUGCAGAAUUGCCCUCACCGAGUAGCGCUUCGCUGCACAGCGGGCACGAGAGUCUAGGCAUACAAGAAUUGACAACCAAGUCGAACUCUGCGCCAUUGCUGCUGAAGAAGGAGAAGACUCGACGUGAUGACUUUUCCGGACAAAAGUUGACGCUGCGCUACUCACGAUCGCAAAGUGAUCGCUACUUAGCAGUUUGCUGUGGCUUUUGGUCUGGUUGAAUCACACCUUACUUCUUUCGAAAUAGUGACACCGUUAAAAUAGAAAGCGGUAUAGAUCGGUGAUAACCAACUUUUUAUGGACGCAAUUGGAAGAAGUUUAUAUUGACAAAAUCUGGUUUCAACAAGACGGGGCUACUUGCAACAACCGAAUUAUUAGGAUAAAAGUUUGGAAAAUCAAUAAUUUUAAGAAAUUGUGACAUUGAAUGAACUGCAAGAAGUUGUGAUUUAACACCAUUAGACUAUUUCUUGAAAUUUCAAGAAAUAAUUAAAAACAUUUGAAUUUCUUUGA